AUGACUCUUGGGAGGAGAGUCCUUGCCUUCACCCUGGAGAUAAAGGCGUGUGGGGACAUAGAGACGGAGUCAAACCACCACUUGGGAGGCGGGUUCGAGCCCAACUUCAUGCUCUUCCAGAAGUGCGAGGUGAACGGCGCCAAGGCGCACCCGCUCUUCGCCUUCCUGCGGGAGGCCCUGCUGGCGCCCAGCGACGACCCCACUGCGCUCAUGACCGACCCUAAGUUCAUCACCUGGUCCCUGGUGUGCCGCAACGACGUUUCCUGGAACUUCGAGAAGUUCCUGGUGGGCCCUGAUGGCGUCCCGGUGCGCAGGUACAGCCGCCGCUUCCCCACCAUCGACAUCGAGCCCGACAUCCAAGCCCUGCUGUCCAAGGUGUCUGGCGGUGCCUAGGGCGCCCCCCUACCCUGGCUGCUGGCCAGUGGCCUGCUGCUCUCUGGGGGUUUCAUCCAUGAGGGCGUUCCCCCGAAAACAAAUGGAGGAACGCCUGAUGUCCGGGAAACCCCCAGGUGGGCGCUGGCCCUGUCCAUCCCUGCCUCUCCUCUGCCAGCCUGAGGCGAGCUUCUUCGCUAAUAAAAUGCUGAGUUCCAGUACAAAAAAAAAAAAAAAAA